UACACAAUGUCUACCGAAGCUUCUGUUUCCUACGCUGCUUUAAUCUUAGCCGACGCUGAAGUCGAAAUCACCUCUGAAAAGUUGUUGGCCAUCACCAAGGCUGCUGGUGCCGAUGUCGAAGCCGUCUGGGCUGAUGUCUACGCUAAGGCUCUUGAAGGUAAGAACUUGAAGGAAUUGUUGUUCUCUUUCGCUGCCUCUGCUCCAGCUGCCGGUGCUUCUGCUGGUGCCGCUGCCUCUUCUGGUGCUGCUGCUGAAGAAGCUGCUGAAGAAGCCGUUGAAGAAGAAAAGGAAGAAUCCGACGACGACAUGGGUUUCGGUUUGUUCGAUUAGAGAAUUUGUCUGAUAUUACCAUUAAAGAAUCAACGUCAUUUACUCCCCCUCAAGAAUAAUAGAAAACCGUCUUGUUCGAGCUCCAUGAGCCGCUAAAGCUCUUCUAAUAUAUAAUGUUUAUAUAUUAUAACGAUCAUGUAUCAUAUUAUACGUUAUAUUUG